AUGUCGAGACAGAUCGGCCGAUACGACACUCCCGCGCAGGUGUGGCGCCACACUCGCUCGGCCACGGACGGAUUCUUUUCGGGGGGAAACGUCCUCGUCGGUAGACUUGGCGCUGGGUUGCCGCUCGUGCCAAGGUUCUUCCUGCCGCUGACGGCUUACGAGCCUCAAUCUGCCGUCAAGCGCCGGCGGCCAUCCAACUUCCUCGUUUCUGAUAAGCCUGACAGGCGUUUCCCCUCUGCAAACAGCACCAAGGAUAAGUUGUAU